UCUCUCUGUCUUUCUCUUUGGGACUGUGUUGAGGAGGAAGAUAAAACCUGUCAUAGGCACUACAUGAAAUCUAACCUUGAGCUUUAAUGAAGUCUAUGGUUCACUGUAGAGGUUCUAAAUCAGCCUGUUUGGAACUAUCUUCCAAAAAUGAUUCUUAAUUUUUUUACCUUAUUGCUUUACCUUUCAAAAUGCAGGUCAGAUAAUGCAGAUGUCGUAACUCAGAAUCAUCUGAAGAUUGUUCAAGCUGGAGACAGUGUUAACUUCACCUGUGUUUUUCCAAGAGAGUCAAGAACCAGUGUUGUUUGGAUCAAACAAAGAGUUGGAGAGAAACCUCUUCCAAUUGUUUCAACAUAUCAAGCUUUACCUGUCGUCUUUGGAAAUGGCUUUGAAAAACACUUUGUUGUAGCAAAAGACGAGAGCAGUUUUAAUCUGAGUAUCACAAUUACAGAAGAAUCAGACACUGCAACAUACUAUUGUGUUAUAUAUGUUUAUAAUUUCCUACUUGGGGAGAGCACUGAUCUCAUUGUUAAAGGUGGAGAACUGAGCAUCGACUCUGAUCAUCAGAGACCUGCGUCAGAUCCAGAGCAUCCAGAAGAGUCUGCAGUGGUCCUGCAGUGUGCCGUCGUCACUCAGAGCUGUGCAGGAGAACACAACGUCUACUGGUUCAGACACGAAUCUGGAGAAUCUCCUCCAGGAAUCAUUUACACUCAGGAGCGCAGGAACGGUCAAUGUGAGAGGAGCUCUGAUGGGAACUCUACCACACACAAAUGUAUCUACAACCUGCCCAAGAACAACCUCGGUCACUAUGAUGCUGGGAUUUACUACUGCGCUGUGGCCUCAUGUGGAGAAAUACUGUUUGGAGAUGGAAGAAAAGUUGAUUCACCAGGGCCAGAUACACCAUGGAGUACAAUUGCUCUGGUAAUUUCAAACUGUCUAUCUGUGAUUGUUAUCAUAAUUCUGGGUGCGCAGUUGUACAAGCACCAGAGAAAAGAUGGGACUCAGAACAUUCAGACUGGUCACUUAAUGGUUGAAGACAGAGAUGCUUUGAAUUAUGCUGCGUUGAGCUUUCAACAAAAGCCCUCUACUUCUAGAAGACCAAAAGAAAAACAGGCUGAUGACAUCACUGCUACAGUUGAUUAUACAACCUACCACAAACGUCUUUAACCUUUAGAAGGCUUGAGUAAUAAAACUGACAGGACAAGUGAGACACAAGUUUGACUUUCACUUCCUCUAUCAUGUAUUUUUAGCAGUUGGUUGAAAGAAUAAAAUGAACUUAUAUGAGUCAAUUUCUACUAAGCUUACUUUUUUUUUUUUUUUUUAAUUUAAUUAAAUGCCAAAAUUUACAAUUUACAAUAAUAUGUACAAUGAUUGGACAUUAACUGUGGAAAUCAACAUCAAACUGCUGUUGAUAGAGCUUAAGUUGUAAAAUCUUUACGACUGUACUAAAAAGCCAGUGUGGAAGAUGUGUAAUAUUCCCAUCUUCUAUUGAUCAUAAUCAUGAAUAUAAAGAUAGAAAUAUACAUGAUUGAAAUAUUGUGUUUUAUAUGUUAUUAUGUUUUAUGCUUAGAAAUACAAUUUACCUGCUUUUUUGUUUCAUACUGUAUAUGUGAUUUUUUUAAUAAUAAAAAAUAAUAAUUCAAUACUAGAGUGUAGUUUGUCUUAACAGAGGUUAAAUGUCAGGAUGUCAGAUAGGGAAUGACAAAGCAUACAAAAUGAAAUAAGUAAAUGCUUUAAUCAUAGCAUAUUAAACCUCUAAGUUAAAUCAAAUGAACUCAAAUGAAAGUUCAGUGCAGAGCGCUAAAUUUUUUUUAAAGAAUAUCUCUUAGGUAAACUGCAAUUUUGUUAAAUGUACAUGCAAUGACAGGAAACGAGACCUUGAUAUUCACAUAUUGUGUACCUAUUGCUGUUGUCAUUGUAUGGGUCCUCUCAUACAUCAUUGCUUAAAUAAUUGUGCUAUUUUCUAAUACAGGAAAAAUGAAAUGAUUUGAAAUGAUUUCUAAAGAUAAUUAAUACACUUUAAUACAAACAAGAAACAGACCCAUACUAGCAAGUCCAUACAAACAAGAGCCCCCCACUAGUCUAGUGGAGUCACUAAAACACUAACCAGAGGCCUGUAGAGAACUUUUUCUAGAUUUUCAAACUGGAUACUUUGUAUUAUUGUUCCAACAAGACAUGAUGUGAAUAGUUUGGAGUCUGGAAAAAAAAAAAAAAAUCUGUCAUUGGUCAAGUGGUGAUCAAUAUCCUCAGACUUGUUCUUUUGUUUUGAAAGUUACUCUUCAUUUCCUGGGCUUUUUUUUUGUCUUCCUUAAAUAUUAAUCCAUCUUAACAUGGGUUAAACCCUAUUCCAUCUGAACUUGAAUCCACAAAAAAUAACACUUGAACAAAUAAUUAAAAUAUAACAGA